UUGUUACGAAGAAGAAGAACAAGUUGUUGCGAGUGAGAGAUGGUGUAGGACAGGGGAGAAAUUCCUCAAAAUAAAAUUGGGCUCUUUUCCAUUUCUUCUUCCCUUUGACCAAUCUCUCCAGCAGCAGCAGCAGUACAACAAGGGAAUCCUCAAACGAAGCAGCGUCCGCAGUGACAUCGUCGCUCCAAAGUCAAUUACAGGCCAAGGGAUCACCACUUCCUCUCUGAAAUAGCCACCUACGCGUAUAUCCAGCUGCAACCUUGUCCCCUCGAUCCCUAUACGAUAUCUUAUUGCCACACAACAAUGGGGGUGUAGUGCAUACAGACGUAUAUCCAGUUUUGGUAGGAGUGAGUGAGUGAGUAAAUAAGUUUUGACUCCGACUGAGCAAUUUGUCCGGCGUUGAAUUGGAUGCUGUGUGUGGAUCAGCAGAAUUGUGAGAUAGAUGGUAAUUGACAAAGGACGACGGUGAUUUAGGGCUGCACUUCUUGAGGGUGAACAGUACUGAAGAGUUCGCAGUUCUGAGUUCUUCUUAUACCCUCCUCACUGCUCCCCGGUCUGAGACCAAUUUCCAUUUUUGAUUCCCCAACGCAGAAAAAAACUUGGUUGGCAGUAUUAUCAUUACACGUCCCCAUUAGGAUCCUAUAUCCAGCGACGCUGUGUGUAACCCUGCUCGUCCUGGUGACGAAGGAGUGCAAAUGGAAAUUUCGAAAUGUGUGUUGACUCUUCGCCUCCUUGCGCAAAGUUGACAUGUCGCCCUCCGCCUCGUCUGUGGUGGAGAUUAUUGUCGACACUCGAGCAACAACUGGUGACACAAUGGGUUGCUCCUCCAAUUCCACGGGGAAUUGCUGACUUUCAAUCGAAUUUCAAUUUUCAGAGUGUACAUUUUUCCACAAGUUUCGUGGACCCAGUGAGUAUGCACAUAUCGAGGAGGGAUAAGUGAAAGGAGACGGGUACAUAAGUGGAUCAAUUUCAGGCAUAUGGAGAUGGGUGGGAUGGAUAAGCCACUCCUCGGAUGAUACCCAUUUGAUCACACAUUAAAUCCAUGACACAACUCGAAGGAGAAUUUGAAUUCUGUUUCCUCCGUGAAAAAAAAAUUGCUCGAUCUUUUGAUCAAAAGGGAAAGAGAGUCAGUGAAGAGUUCAAGUAUCGAGAGUGACAUUACGUCCAAGUGAAUUUGUGUAAAACUACAUCUUUUCAAGUUUGAUUGAACCACCCCAAAAAAAGUUGAGCGUUUUUUCUCUCCUUUUUCUUCUUCUCGGAGUCAAUCAUAACGAUAAAAUAAAGGGAAAUGAUGGUUCAUCUGUGUUGAAAUUGGAUGUGGUUUCGUUGGCAAAAUACGACCGCAGAGAGUUUUUGGAUGGAAUCACAUUCGUCAUUUGACUUAAUGGAUUUUCUUUUUCCUGGAAUGAAACCAUCUUCGUUAGAGUGUGGAGGAUACGUACGUAGAUAAUAAGCGAAAAGUGUGGUGAGUGAGUGAAUCCAUAGGAAUCAGUAAUUCUCAUCUUGCUGAGCGAGAGGAUGUGUUUUGAAACGGUUAUUGUACUUGCUUUUUAAGAGAGUAAUAAACGAUGGACCUGCCCAGGAACAGGUGACAAUUCAAUAAACGACGACGGCAGAGAAGCUGACGACUCUGAGGAGGAAAAUGAGCAGACGACCCCAAAUUAUGUAUUACUGCUAGUCACCAACUGCACCACCCUUAUUGCACCUUAACGGGGACGACAAUUAGCGAAACGACCCUGAAAUUUCAAAAAACGCCUCCUCCUCCUCGUGUGUUCACCUGCCACAUGUAAUUACCCAUCGACCCACCCACCCCCUACUCAAAAUAUACAAAAUGAACUCUUUGCGGAUCUCAUCAACCUUCUUUCUCCUCGUCUCACAUUUCCUCGCACAUUCCAUCGCAAACGCAGCUGAACAAGUGGUUCUAUUGGACACCACUGAGGAGAGCUCGUUAGCAUGGACGCAGUACCCCUACGGUCCUUCAGCUGCUACUCCAGGGUGGAUCGAGGAGAGUUUCACCAACUUCGACAAGGGGAUCAACUGGCGAUCCUAUGUCGUGUGUGAUGUCGCCUACAACAAUGUCAAUAACUGGUUGUGGACACCAUUCAUCGAGAGGGGCCCAGCCAACCGGAUUUAUAUCGAGAUCCAGUUCUCUAUGCGAGACUGCAACCUAUUUCCUGGAACGGCCCUCUCCUGCAAGGAGACGUUUUCUCUCCUCUACUACGAAUUCGACGCCGUGACGAAGGAGCCACCGCCCUGGGAGCAGGAGAGCUACACUCUCAUUGACCGCAUCGCGGCGGACGAGGGACGCUUCACCCUCAACAACGAGGUCAUCAUUAACACCGAAGUGAGAUCAAUUCCAGUCACGAAAAAGGGAGUCUACUUUGCCUUCCGAGAUCAAGGAGCUUGUAUUUCCCUUUUGGCCAUCAAAGUGUACUACAUCACUUGUCCGGAAGUGACGGCGAGCUUUGCGUUUUUCCCCGGCCAGCCGACCGGGAGGGACUUGACAUCCAUUGAGCAAGCGGAGGGGAAAUGUGUUGCCAAUUCUGUGGAAAUCAGUCCUCCGAGACACUACCAAACCACGCCAGCCAAAGGCCCUUCGAUCUACGCGAUGUGCAAGGGGGACGGGAAGUGGUAUCUUCUGAGCGGGGGAUGCCAAUGCAAGCCCGGCUAUGAGCCCGACCAUUCCCGUCAAACCUGUAACGUUUGUCCCCCAGGACGAUACAAGCCUGAGAAUGGGGACGGACGAUGCGGCCCUUGUCCCGAACAUUCCACAGCCCCCUACACAGGGUCGGGAGAGUGCCGUUGCAACACGGGCUACUUCCGAGCGGAGACAGAUCCUCGAUCCACACCCUGCACCAAACCCCCCAGUGCCCCCCAAAAUCUCACCCUCAACUUUGUCGACCAGUCCACCGUGAUGCUUUCUUGGUCAAGCCCCAAAUUUCUGGGUGGACGUAUUGACACGGUGUAUCGUGUCGCUUGUGAUUCAUGUCCCUACGGGGUCACCUACAUUCCAAACACGGAACGAUUCAACGAGACGAAGAUUACAAUCAGUGGACUCAACGCAGUUUCCCAAUAUCACUUCAAAGUGUUUGCGGAGAAUGGGGUGAGUGUGAAAUCGGGGGAUCCUGAGUACGUGGAGAUCACGGUGACCACGGAGGCGUCCGUGCCACUCUCUGUGAGAAACGUGCGAGUGACGAGCGUAACUUCGGCCGAAAUCACUUUAAUGUGGGAAUCUCCAGAUGACCCUUUCAACGAGUUGGAAAUGUAUGAAAUUCGCUACUUUGCUCGUGGACGGGAAGCCAACGCCACAAUCAUCAGGGCUGGGCGAGUCAACAAAUAUGUCGUGGAGAACUUGAAGCAAAAGACUGACUAUGGCAUUCAGAUCCGAGCCAAGACGGUGUCUGGGUGGGGGGAGUUCAGUCAAGUGGUGUACAAAAGGACGGGUCAACUGCUCGCGCUGGUUGGACCUGAAGCAGACUACAGUCGACAGGGGUUGCUCAUCACGGUGAUCGCGGUGGCAGUCGCGCUCGUCCUCGUCUUUCUCGUAAUCGCAGCCGCCCUGUUUUUCAGAGGACGUGGAAAUGAUGAUUGCAACAAGAAGCAGCCCAGCGAUUGCGAUACGCUCGAGUACAGAAAUGGCGAAGAGCUUUCGCACAUGGAUUCUCCCCAACUUAUCCCCACCCACAUCCCCAACAUGAGCUACCUCCCAGAAUCAUUUCGGCUCAAGAGCUACAUCGACCCUCACACGUACGAAGAUGUAAAUCAAGCGGUGCGGGAAUUUGCUCGUGAAAUUGACCCCUCUUGCAUCAGCAUUGAAGCAAUAAUUGGUGGUGGAGAGUUUGGAGAUGUGUGCAAAGGGAAGUUGAGACUCGCUGGGCGAACAGAAAUUGAUGUGGCCAUAAAAACUCUGAAGCCUGGAAGUUCAGAUAAAUGCAAGAUGGACUUUCUGACCGAGGCGAGCAUCAUGGGUCAGUUUGAACACCCCAACGUCAUUUUUCUACAAGGGGUCGUCACCAAGACCUCGCCCGUCAUGAUUAUUACCGAGUACAUGGAGAACGGAUCGCUGGAUACAUUUCUCCGAGCGAACGACGGCAAAUUCGCAAUCAUCCAAUUAGUUGGAAUGUUGAGGGGAAUCGCAGCAGGGAUGCAAUACUUAUCAGAAAUGAAUUAUGUGCACAGGGACCUGGCAGCUAGAAAUAUCUUGGUGAAUGCACAACUUGUCUGCAAAAUUGCUGAUUUCGGGCUCUCCAGAGAGAUCGAAUCAGCCACCGAAGGAGCUUACACAACGAGAGGUGGGAAAAUCCCUGUGAGGUGGACUGCGCCAGAAGCCAUCGCGUACCGAAAGUUUACGUCCGCCAGUGACGUGUGGAGCUUUGGCAUCGUCUGUUGGGAGGUGAUGUCCUACGGGGAGCGUCCAUACUGGAACUGGAGCAACCAGGAUGUAAUCAAGUCUAUCGACAAGGGCUACAGACUUCCGCCACCCAUGGAAUGUCCUGAGCCUAUAUACCAAUUGAUGCUCGACUGCUGGCACAAAGAGCGGUCACACCGUCCCACUUUCUCCGUCACAGUUUGUAAUCUAGAUCAACUAAUUCGGCUUCCCGACUCGUUAUCGAAACUUGCCCCAAACAGGACUAAUGAAGCAUCCGCCCUGUACGAUUCCGUAGAUGAGUGGUUAGAGUCAAUAAAGAUGGGAAGAUACUCGGAAUUCUUUAGCAAUGCUGGGAUAUCUUCGGUGGACUCGGUGGUUAAUCUCACAGUGCAAGAUUUGGCAGCAAUCGGUGUCACAUUGGUGGGUCACCAGAGGAAGAUAAUUAAUAGUAUUCAAGCCAUUCGGAACCAUUUGGCUCAAGGGUUUCUCGUGUAGUUAGUGAGAGUACAUAAAUUGUUAUAUUUUCGGUUGCAAUCAAGUACCUACAUACAUACAUACGCCCUACCUACACACUCACGACCCCGAAAGUACCACAUCCACGCUGUAAUGUGUAAUGUGUAUACAGCUCAUCAAGUACUUCUCAUCGGUCUCUCGUUUUACAAAAGUUAAUUGCCAUUACAAACGUCGUAUGAGGAAGGAACGCAAUAAUAUUACGAAACUAGCCAACGAAAUUAUGCAAAAAAGCUCUAUGCAACCUGUCACGAUUUAUUAACUGGAGAUUUAUUAUUAAGUAGUCUGCUUCGUGUGUUCAACAAGGCGUCGCGUCGCGUCGAAAGUUAAAUUAAAUGAAUUUUUUACAUUCCCAUAUUCUUCACUCAACUGAAGCCAUGCUCAUUUUUAAUCAAAUAAUCCUUUUGAUAAAAGCUGACGAAUAUUAAUUCUUCUGGGUCUGAUGACUCGGUCAGUUUAAUAAAUGAUCUCACAAAACACAACACGUAUUCAAACAUAUCCUCUCAAAACAUGGUUGCAACGAAUCCAAUCAAUGAUAACACUUUUUUAAUUCAUUCCCAACUCUAAAUAAGUAAAUAGUUAAUCAAGACCUGUCUAUUUCUGUCUGUCGCUUCAUUUCCGAGUGUUUGGCUGUCAUUUGGCUCCCUUCACCACGACCCCAGGCAAAAGAUAUGUGUGCUCGUAAAUAUUUAGGAAAAAAGUGAAAGCGAAAAGAAAGUCAUGAAAUUCUACAAAAUUCCUUCUCUUCCGAAUUGUCUGUGGUGUACUCUUCUCUGAACGUACGUUCUCCUCUCUUCAUCCUUUCAAUGACAAUAUAAUAUUGGAAACGUCGGGCUAAAUAAACUCCUUCUGCAUUGUAUCAUGCACACAUCGAAUGCUUUAAUUAAUCAAGAUUACGUAUUAUACUGACUAAUUUAAAAUGAUCAGUGAUUACUUAACUAAACUGCGCCAAAUGUAUGAUUAAUUAGUUAACGUGAUGAUAAUAUGAAGAUGCUUUUUCCUUGCAAAAAUUUACAAGCAACAACAACAAAGUGAACUUAAUUUCCUUCCUUUUUUAAGACUGCUCUAAUCUAUACACAUUUUUUUAGCAACGUUUAACUACAAGAAUUUACAUUGUUCUGUCCUCAGUCAAGAAGAACAGGAACUUCUUUCGCUUAUUAGUUAUUAUUACAUGUACGGCUAUUAAAUACAUACAAAAUAUUUAUUAUCGUUGAGCAGCAUACAUAUUUAGUCGGAAGUCAUUAAAGUAAUAAUAAUAAUAAUAAGAGUUUUGUACAUGUACUGUAUGAAAAAUAUUGUCAAUAUAAAUUUAAUACACAAUACUUUGAGGGUAGUAAUUUAUUCCGUUUUGGGAUGAGAUUGACUGAUAAUGAAAUAAGUGAACGAAUGUAUAAAAUGAACUUUGUAAUUUUAAAUGUAAAUUAAUAUUGCUGCGAUAUCCGUGAUGAUACUGAUGAUGAUGUAUGAUCAUCAACUGGACUUGUUACAAGCUUUAUAUAUUCCAUUGUUCUUCAGGCUAUUAAAAUUAUUUUAUUGUUAUACGUUUUUAAAAUGUUGUGAAAUAUUCAUUCUUAACUUAUGUUGCUGACGACCUGUUGUAAUUAACGGAUUGGUCAGUUUUUUUCGUACUAGAGUGAGUAAUAAGGUUGUUAUUUACAAAAUGGACUUAAACAAUAUAUAUUAUUACAUCGUACCUUUUUUAACUUGUUUUUAACAAUCGCUGACAACGUGAAUAAUAUGCGUUCUAUUGUAUUGUGUUGAAUAAAUAAAUUAAGUAUCGAGAAAGAAA